UUUUUUUGCAACUACAUUAUAGCAAUUCACACAACACAACACAGAUUAAUGGGGAGGUUGUUUGUGGUGAAUCUGGAAGGGAAGAUCUAUAGCUGCAAACACUGCCAUACCCAUCUUGCGCUUUACGAUGACAUCUACUCCAGGACAUUCCAUUGCAGACAUGGGAAAGCUUAUCUCUUCAAUAAGGUUGUGAAUGUUUCUAUUGGCGAAAUGGAGGACAGACCGAUGAUGACUGGGUUACAUACCGUGGCUGACAUUUUCUGUGUGGGUUGUGGAUCAAUCGUGGGUUGGAAAUAUGAGACUGCCUAUGAAAAAAACCAGAAGUACAAGGAAGGAAAAUCAGUGCUUGAACGGUACAAAGUGUCAGGUCCUGAUGGAAGCAAUUAUUGGAUCAGCAAUGAGGCACAUGUUGGUGGAAGUGAUGCAGAUGAUGCUUAGUCAUCCUACCAUUCCCAAUUCACCGUAUUUGGAUGAAGAAAGCCUUUCAAGUGCCCUGUCUCUGACUCUCUCUCACUCUCUUAAAUGGAAUGUAUUGAAAUAAAAGACUGCUGAAAAAAAUGUAUUAUAACCAAAACUUUGUUGGUUGAAUUUACUCUAGUUUCUUCAAAUGGAUUUUCAUCAAUUCUGUUGUCAAAUACAAUAUUGCUUGAAUGUAUACUGACAUAACCGGAUUGAUAUCCACAUAUUGGCAUUCGUGUCGUAGUGCAUGAGUGGUUGAGUGGGAUAUACUAAAAGGACAAAACUUAUACAAUA